UUGCAUCCGUGGUAUCGACGAGAGAAACAGGAACGCCGUAACGGUGCAACCAGUUUCUGUUGAUUUAGGAAAAUUCUUGAGUCGUCCCGUGGGAACGUUACCGAUGCACCGACGGAACGAGUGUGCCCAGUGUUGAAAAGAAGUAUCUCCCUAGACGACAGUUGGAUCCGGUUGUAGUUUGCGUAUCUUUUCACGAUUCGAAUCUCUUCCGAAGGGCCGCGUGAUCCGCAGCGCAUCUUUCCACAAAGAUCGUGACGAUCGUUGAUAUUUAACAGACCCUGCAGACCGCCGUGGACUAGCGUUAGCAUUUCUUAUCCGCUGCAACGUUAAUAGGACGCUAAGUGAUGGCUGAUAAGGAUAAAUGUGUUUUCGUGAAUGCAAUAAUCGUGCUGCUGGCCGGUGCUCACAUUUGCGCAUCCGUGACCAGCAGCGGGCUACGGAAUCUUUCGCUCUCCAUCAAACCACCGUGGGUGCGGCGCGGUCAGGAGGCUCAACUACACUGCCAGUACGAGAUGGAGGGGGCACCGCUCUAUUCGGUCAAGUGGUAUCGCGGAACGCUCGAGUUCUACCGGUACUCACCGUUCGAGAACCCACCGGCCAAGAUCUUCCCGUUCACCGGCAUCAAGGUGGAUAUGACGGUCUCCAAUGCAACACACGUUACGCUGCGCAACGUUGGCUUCAACCUGUCCGGGAACUUCACCUGCGAGGUCACAGCCGAUGCACCCUCGUUCUACACCGGCGUGGCAACGAACGUGCUGACGGUCGUGGAGCUGCCCCACUCACCGCCGACACUGUGGACCGAGCACACGAAGUACGACCCGGGUGAUAUACUAAGGGCUAACUGCUCGACACCACCAUCGAAGCCGGGCGCCACGAUAACGUUCCUGCUAAACAGUAUGACGGUCGGUACGGAACCCACCAUUCUGCAUCCGACGCCUGACAAUCUGCAUUGGGCCUCCAGGGAUCUAACCAUACAGCUACUACCCUCGCACUACACCACCGGGCAGCUGAUACUGCGGUGUUUGGCCGAGGUCGGUACCAUCUACUCGGAGGUUUCCCAAGCACCGCUAGAAUCGAGCCGCAAAGAACCAAUCCCGGAGCGAGUUACAUCACCGAACGGUGCAACUCGGACCGGGUACAGUGAAGCCCACUUCCACCAUCUGCUGCUGCUGCUGCUCCUGCUGUCCACCGCCAGUACCGGGAUGCUGACUGCAUUGGGAGUAAUAAACUCAUUCCGAUCCGCCUGGUUGCCGAUGCGAUAG